AUGUCCCAGACCGCCUUCUUCCCUGGCUCUGCUCCUUCCUCGUCAUACUACUCCACCGAGAACCCCUUCUCUUACGGCUUCAACGGAGGUGAAGAAUACAGCUUCGACCCAACCUUCUCGCCCGAUAUGAGUCGAUACCUCAAGUCCCCUACGCCCGCCUCCGGUCAGGAAACGGAAGGACACACCCACACGCACUCAGCUUCGAAUCAAGUCCAAUCACCAAGCUCAUUCGAUAUGAGCAAUCUCACCCUCCGCUCACCUACCGGCCCCCAACCUCAAAGCCAGCCUAUCCCCAUCACCACCACCUCCGGCCAGUAUUCGCACCCCGCAUACUCGGGACUUGAUCAAGCGUCAAGCCUGCCGUACAGACACGGCGAUGGACUGCUGUAUCACCCAUACUCCAGACCAGACCAAGCCCACUUCCCACUCCGCUCCCCACCCGGCUCAUCCCGCUCCGUCAACUCUGGCGCCCUCUCCUCCGCCCUCGUCUCCCCCAUGUCAGACAACGCCGACAUGUCGCCCCUCCACCUCGGCUACAACGCGUACCACUACAUCGCCAGCCCGCUCAACUCUUACGGCGUCCUCGGCGGUGGGACUGGGACUGACGCAGCGAAUGGGAAUGGGACUGGGCAUGGGGUUGACGACACCCCGCGAGACAUGAUCGGUCUAGGGCUUAUAGGAGGUGUGCGUUAUCCCCGGACCGGAGUCGGGAUGGGACAAGGGACAGGCCAGAUCCCGCAAUACCCGCCAGGGGUAAGGGGGAGGGGCAGGGCAGUCAGAGGUGGCAGAGGCGGAGGAGGCGGCUUGGGGCGAGGUGGCAGGAAGUCCAGCGGGGGAGGUGGGGUGAAGCAGGAGGAUGAAGACGAGGACGAUGAUGCCGAAGGGGAGAGCGUCGCAGGGGAGAUGCUUAACGGCACGCACAAGUCCCACCUUGAGAAACACCGCCGCCGUGUCCUCAAGAGCCACUUCAAGGCCCUUUCCGACGAGCUCCAGACCGCCGGCGGAAUGACCAAGAUCACCAAAGCUGGGACGCUCGAUCGAGCUACCUCGUACAUCCAGGAACUCAAAGCGGCCAUGAACAGCACUACUCACACUCUCGAGUACCUCCAGCAGGAGUUGAUGAAGGAGCGCCAGGCGCAUGUGGAGACGCAGCGGCUGAACGCGGAGCUUUCCAGAGCCCUAGCGGCGAGAUCAGCCAGCGGAAGCGGUAGUCCCCGCGCCUGA